AAAUUUGAAAGAUAUAUAGAACACAAAGCGUGAGCCGACAAGUAUUGAAGAAGCUGAAAGAAGAGAAGAAGAAGAUGGCUGGAAAUGUGGAGUUCAUUGAUGAAGAUGUAGAGAAUGGCUGUCAUGUUAACAAAGUUCAACCUUUUGCCACGCCAAGGUCGGAGCAACGGUUGAUUGUGGGAGAAAAAGAGAAGGAACAACAUUCCUAUAGUAAUUGGAAUAAGAUGUUGGGGUUGCAAGAGCUUGUCUCUAUGAAUGUGUGGAGAGCAUCAUUGGCCGAGCUCUUAGGAACGGCAGUCUUGGUUUUUGCAUUGGACACCAUUGUCAUCUCCUCCCUUCAGACGGAUACAAAGACACCGAAUCUUUUAAUUGCACUAAUGGUUGCUAUAAUAGUAACAAUCCUCCUUCUUGCUACUUUUCCCAUUUCUGGUGGUCACAUUAACCCGAUAAUCACUUUCUCAGCAGCACUCGCUGGCCUCUGUUCGAUCACACGAGCCGUCAUUUAUAUUUUGGCUCAAUGUGUUGGUGGUAUUGUGGGUGCACUAGCACUAAAAGCUGUGGUGAAUAGCGGCAUUGAAGAUGCAUAUUCACUUGGAGGCUGCACAGUGACUUUAGUUACACCGGGUGAAGAUGGGCCGGUUGUGAUUGGGUUGGGAACAAGCCAGGCUUUUUGGAUUGAAAUAAUUUGUUCGUUUGUCUUUCUUUUUGCUUCGAUUUGGAUGGCUUUUGACCAGAGACAAGCCAAAUCUCUUGGUCAAGUUUCUGUGUUCAUAAUCGUUGGAAUAGUGUUGGGGCUUCUUGUGUUUAUAUCAACAACUCUUACAGCUCAAAAGGGAUAUUCUGGUGCUGGGUUGAACCCUGCAAGAUGUUUGGGUCCAGCCAUUGUGAGAGGAGGCCAUCUCUGGGAUGGCCACUGGGUCUUCUGGGCAGGUCCUGCAAUUGCUUGCGUGGCAUUUGCUUUGUACACUAAGAUUAUUCCACGUCAGCAUUUCCACACCUACGCAUAAAAAAGAAUUCAUUUUCUCAAUUAAUCUUGUAUUAUUGGCCAAAGUUUCAAUCAAUCUCUAUCAAAUUAUAUGUGCCUAUCCUUUGUUUCUUGGUGUUAGUGGUAGCGGGUGGUGUCUUGAAGUGUUAUUCUGGAGAUCCGCUGCUCAAUACCUGUGUCCGUUUGUUUGGAUAAUGAUGUUUGGGCGUAUGGCAAUUAAUGGCAAAUCAAGUUUACCUGUGGAUCUCCAUGAAAUGCCUGUCUCUUCCUUUCUUUUCUCAUGUGUAUUCUUUAGAAUUUCAUAGAAUGGAUUUGGCUGUCUCCCAUGAAACCUAUCAUCGUCAUGCAACAAUAAAUAUAACAAGAUGGGAAUUGUUCGUUUCUUGCAUUGGCUCCCAUGAAUUUUACUCCCCAGAGAGCUAAGACUGUCUAGCCAACAAUAUUAUUUAAAGUUUUUGCAGUUUCUUUGUGCA